AUGGCCGAGAAGCGGAGGGGCUCGCCGUGCAGCAUGCUAAGCCUCAAGGCGCACGCCUUCUCGGUGGAGGCGCUGAUCGGCGCCGAGAAGCAGCAACAGCUUCAAAAGAAGCGGAGAAAGCUGACCACGGAAGAGGCGGCCGGGGCGGGGGACGACGCUGGCUGCAGCCGUGGCGGAGGCGCGGGCGAGCAGGGCUGCUCCGAGGCCGACGAAGACGCGGCUCUUCCGCCGCCGCCGCCAAACGGGGCGGCGUCCGGGCCGGCGCGGAGCUGCACGGACGUGGAGCGGAGCUGUGGCUCCCGCGGAGCGGCGGGCAGCUGUGAGGACGGCUUCCUGCAAGGCGCCUCCCCUCUGGCGUCCCCUCGAGGUUCCCCGAAGGGGUCUCCGGUACCCGGCCUAGCCCGGACGGGGACUCCGCUGCCCACGCCACAGGCCCCGAGGGUGGAUCUGCAAGGAGCAGAGCUAUGGAAGCGCUUUCACGAAAUAGGCACGGAGAUGAUCAUCACCAAAGCCGGCAGGCGCAUGUUCCCAGCAAUGCGAGUGAAGAUCUCCGGAUUAGACCCCCACCAGCAAUACUACAUUGCCAUGGAUAUUGUGCCAGUGGAUAACAAGAGAUACAGGUAUGUUUACCACAGCUCUAAAUGGAUGGUGGCAGGUAAUGCCGAUUCUCCUGUGCCACCCAGGGUAUAUAUUCAUCCAGAUUCACCUGCCUCUGGGGAGACUUGGAUGCGACAAGUGAUCAGCUUUGACAAGCUGAAGCUUACCAACAAUGAACUGGAUGAUCAAGGCCAUAUUAUUCUUCAUUCUAUGCACAAAUACCAACCACGUGUGCACGUCAUCCGUAAAGACUGUGGGGACGAUCUUUCCCCCAUCAAGCCUGUUCCUUCCGGGGAGGGUGUGAAGGCAUUCUCCUUCCCAGAAACAGUCUUCACCACCGUCACCGCCUAUCAGAAUCAGCAGAUUACUCGCCUUAAGAUAGACAGGAAUCCAUUUGCUAAAGGCUUCCGAGACUCCGGGAGGAACAGAAUGGGAUUGGAAGCCCUGGUGGAGUCAUACGCAUUCUGGAGACCAUCACUACGAACUCUCACAUUUGAAGAUAUCCCUGGAAUUCCAAAGCAAGGAAACACAAGUUCUUCCACUCUCCUCCAAGGUACUGGGAAUGGUGUUCCUGCCACACACCCUCACCUGUUGUCUGGCUCCUCGUGUUCCUCUCCUGCCUUCCAUCUGGGGCCCAACACCAGCCAGCUCUGCAGUCUGGCUCCAGCUGACUAUUCUGCCUGUGCCCGUUCAGGCCUCACCCUCAACCGCUACAGCACGUCCUUGGCAGAGACCUACAACAGGCUUACCAACCAGAGCAGCGAGACCUUUGCCCCACCCAGGACUCCCUCCUAUGUGGGUAUGGGCAGUAGCCCAUCUGUGAACAUGUCCAUGGGUGGCACCGAUGGAGAUACCUUCAGCUGCCCACAGACCAGCCUGUCCAUGCAGAUUUCAGGAAUGUCCCCUCAACUCCAGUACAUCAUGCCAUCACCAUCCAGCAAUGCCUUUGCGACUAACCAGACCCAUCAGGGUUCCUACAACACGUUCCGGUUACACAGUCCCUGUGCCUUGUAUGGAUAUAACUUCUCCACAUCCCCCAAACUGGCUGCCAGUCCUGAGAAAAUUGUUUCUUCCCAAGGAAGUUUCUUGGGGUCCUCACCAAGUGGGACCAUGACUGAUCGGCAGAUGUUGCCCCCUGUGGAAGGAGUGCACCUGAUUAGCAGUGGGGGCCAGCAGAGUUUCUUUGACUCCAGGACCCUAGGAAGCUUAACUCUGUCAUCUUCUCAAGUGUCUGCACAUAUGGUCUGAUGAAGCCUUUAAGUUAAACUACAUUUGAAUCUAAUGGAUCUUCCUUAUUUUUGAAAAAGGCAAUAUGGAAAAAAAUGUACAUAUAGUAGAAAAUGAAGGCUCUGACGAGUUUUACUUUCUCCUGGCAAGACUGUAAUUAUCUAUGGCAUAUGCGUAUGCUGUAUAUUGGUAGCAUGUAGUAUCCUGAAGGCUUCUCACUGCCAUGUUUAUCCAGUGUCACAGAAUAUUGACUACAUGUACUGUGUUUAUCCAGAGUAGCCAGACUCUAAAAGCAAAACGGUACACUUGAAAGUUGGUAAUGAUACUAACCAAAGACUUUUCUAGUGCUCCGUGCAAAGUGAUGGGGUUCGUUACCGCGGUUUCACACAUACCUAACCAAAGAUUUGUAAUUUCAUUUAUCAGAAGAGUGCUCUGAGCGAUUUGUAUUUGUGUGUUGGUAGCAUUAUCAUUUCUGUUGUUCUUGAACAUGAUGUGAGACCCUCCAGUGCAAAAGCCAGU